CAAUAUCUACUUAUAUCUCAUUAAGAGUUAAUAUAACUUCAUUCCAUAUGUCUCCAGUUUAAAAUGUACUCAAAUACUUGCUUUGUGAAGGUUUUGAUAGUGUUUACUUUAGUUAUUAUUGAAAAUGAGUGCAAAAGACCAAAUUUCAUUCUUUUUCUCACAGAUGAUCAAGAUUUACUCUUAGAUAGCAUGAUACCAAUGCAAUCAACGAUUAAAAACAUAGCUAAUGAUGGAAUAACAUUUACUGAAGCCUACGCGCAUUCGCCAAUUUGUUGUCCAAGCAGAAGUUCAUUGUUAACCGGCAAAUAUCUACACAAUAUACACGUGUAUAACAACUCAAUUAACGGUAAUUGUUCGAGUAAUGAAUGGCAGAAUACACAUGAAACCCGCACAAUUGCAUCUUAUCUAAAAUCUAGUGGUUAUGUCAACUUUUAUGCAGGCAAAUAUUUAAAUCAAUAUGGAAAUAAAAAUGCAAAUGGUUUAUCACAUAUUCCACCUGGUUAUGACUGGUGGUAUGGAUUGGAAGGCAACUCAAAGUAUCAUAACUUUACAUUAUCGAUAAACGGCACAAAAGUUGAUUUUCAUCAAGAAUAUUUAACUGAUUUAAUAGGUACUUAUGCGCUUGAUUUCUUAUCACACAAACCUCUGGAUAAAGAAUUCUUCAUGAUAUUAGCCCCUCCAGCUGCUCACGCACCAUUUACCCCAGCAAAUAGACAUUCAGAUAAGUUUCCAACAGUUAAAACCAAGAAAAUGCACAAUUUUAAUGCUUCAGCUACAAAAAAACAUUGGAUAACACAGCUUCCACCCAAAUAUCUACCUGAAGAUAUUACGAUUUUAGAUGAUAUACAACGUAAAAGGUGGCAAACAUUACUAAGUGUGGAUGAGUUAGUUGAAAAUGUUGUUAAUAAGUUGAAAAACUUGAAUAUUCUCGAUGAAACUUACUUGAUAUUUACAUCUGACAAUGGUUUUCAUAUAGGACAAUUUGGUUUACCAUGGGAUAAAAGACAGCCUUACCAAACAGAUAUUCACAUUCCUUUUCUAAUGAAAGGUCCAAAACUACCUAAAAAGGAACUUUUUAAUCAUCCAGUAAGUUUGGUUGACUUGGCACCAACCAUUUUGACCUUAGCGAACGCCACAGUGCCCGAAGACAUGGAUGGAAUAUCAUUUGCACACUUAUUCAACUCGCAAGAUAAUAAAAACAAGGAAAACGAGCGAAAUCUUGUUUUCAUUGAAUAUUUCGGCGAAGGUAACGCGCAUUCCGUUGAGAAAGCAUGCAAUUUCUCAGAGGAAGACGCCGAGAAUCUCAGUGAAUGCUCAUUGGAAAACUGGUGUAAAUGCCAAGAUUCAAGAAAUAAUACGUAUACAUGCACGUUAACGUUCAACAUUGCAACAAAAACAAAAUAUUGUUUAUUUAGAGACAAAAGGAAUUUCAUGGAAUUUUACAACUUAGUCCAAGAUCCAUACGAAUUAAACAACAAAGCGCCGUUUCUCACAUCAAAAGAACAUAAAAUUCAUCAACAUUUAUUGUCAGAGUAUAAAAAAUGUACAGGAAAGUCAUGUCAUGAUUUAGUUCUUAAAAGUUACGACAAAAUAUAAAAUAUUCUUUAAAUUUGUUUGAUAUUGAAAUCAAUACAAGUAUAAAAUAUAAAAUAAAAUAUAUAAAAACGUA